GGAAUAAUUUUUCCCCCUUCCAACCUUCUUCUGGUUCUCGUUUUCUUUUUUUUUUUAAAUCCCCCCAGUCUCUUCGAGGGUCUAAGGGGAGCGGGCUCCCUCCCCCGUCAUCCACCCGCGUGGCCGGCGCCGUCCUCGCUGCUGCUGCUGCCGCUGCUUCUCCUCCUCCUCCUCCUCCUCUUCCUCCUCCUCCCCCAGCCAGGUCAGUGUCUUUCUCCUUUGGGCUGCCUCCCUGCUUUCCCCCCUUCCUGCCUUCCUCCUCCUCCUCCUCUCCUCCCGUCGGUCCAGACCUUCCACCGAGGCCCCACAGGGGCGGGUUCCCUCCCGCCGUUGGGCCAAAGGAGUUGGUGGGUGGUGGAGGUCUUUGCGAGGAGCCCCCCACCUCCUGGGUGGCGGCAGUGGGCGCCUGCCCCCUUCCUCGAGAGGAGGGACUGGUGGGGGGGGGGCCUUGGGCCAGACCCCCUUCCCUCUCGUGCCUCCUGCCUUUGAGCCUCGGGUGGGGGGAGAUUCUAAUUUGGGGAGGUGGAUUUCAAGGGCAUCUCUCUAACUUUCUGGGACUGCAGCAAAUACUUCCAGGGGUGGUGGUGGUGGUCAUUUCCCCGAUUCAGAGUUGGAGACUUUCUGCCUUUUCCUGCUGGGUCCUCCCCCAGUCAACCAUAGCUCUUCUAAUGUAUUUUUAAAAACCUGCCCCCCUCCCCCAGGACUUUUCUUCCCCUCUCUUCUCCGCCCUUCAGUUUUGAAGUAUGGGCUUCUUUCUCGCAGAAGCCAUGUGUCUGUCCCCCCUUCAUGCUCUAGGAAGAAACCUCACCCUGCACUGAAAAACUACACUUAAUUUUGUCUCCUUUCUCACCCCACCUUUCCGCCCCCAAAUUAUGCCAAGAAACAGUCUUGCUUGCUUGCAUAGUGACUAAUGGCUUGUUCACCAUCAGUUGCCGUACUUGCAUAGCAGUGCCCAUUACCACUCAACUGGUCUCUGGAUGGCAGACUCUGAAAAGAAAUGCUGUUUUAAGAGACACCAAAGAUGCUGACAAGAAAAAUUAAACUUUGGGACAUCAAUGCCCAUAUAACCUGCCGCCUUUGCAGUGGUUAUCUUAUUGAUGCUACCACUGUAACGGAAUGCUUGCAUACCUUUUGCAGGAGUUGCUUGGUAAAGUAUUUGGAGGAAAAUAAUACCUGCCCCACAUGCAGGAUUGUAAUACACCAGAGUCACCCUCUCCAGUAUAUUGGUCAUGACAGAACAAUGCAAGAUAUUGUUUACAAGCUUGUUCCAGGUCUUCAAGAAGCGGAAAUGAAAAAGCAGAGGGAAUUCUACCACAAAUUGGGCAUGGAAGUACCAGGUGACAUCAAAGGGGAGACGUGCUCAGCCAAGCAGCAUUUAGAUUCUCACCGUAAUGGGGAAACAAAAGCAGACGAGAGCACAAACAAAGAAACAUCAGAAGAGAAACAGGAAGAAGAUAAUGAUUAUCACAGAAGUGAUGAACAGGUAAGCAUCUGCUUGGAAUGCAACAGUAGCAAAUUGCGUGGACUGAAGAGAAAGUGGAUUCGCUGCUCAGCACAAGCUACAGUGUUGCAUCUAAAGAAGUUCAUUGCCAAAAAACUUAAUCUUUCUUCAUUUAAUGAGCUGGAUAUAUUAUGCAAUGAAGAAAUUCUGGGCAAGGACCAUACUCUCAAAUUUGUAGUUGUUACAAGAUGGAGAUUUAAGAAAGCACCUCUACUGCUACAUUACAGACCGAAAAUGGACUUGCUGUAAGAACUAUUUUGUCCUUCUGGAAGGCUUUUUGCAGAGACUAUCAUCAGGCACCUUCUUAGUGCAUCAUCACUUAAUUCACUCGUGACAUAGACCAGCAGAAUCCAUUCCUGGAAACAGUAGUACUUUCCCACCCCAUCAUCCUUAAUAUUUCUCUGAGAGAUGCAUUAACUCAACUUUCGGGACAGUAAAAAUAUUUAUACUAUUUUCUACAAAAAAAGGAAAGUGCAGUUUGGAAGGACACUACCAGCAUGAUGUUUACAGACAUUGAAAGCACUUCACAGUUCCCUCUGUGUAGCUCAGUUCUCGGUCAUCAUCUUGAAAGAUGCAAAAUAGGUUCAAAUGUUGGGAAAGAUAUAAUUUUCAAUUUGUUGUCACCAAGCAGCUCUUGGAUUGUUUUGCGACUUAACUUAAAAAUAGCCUUGUAUUUCUUUCUCUCUCUCUCUCUUUUUUUUUGGACCAGGUUUUCUGUCUCUUAAACCUCAUGGGCAUCUUGUUUAUCAGUAAGCCCUUCAUAGUAUUUAACACUGAAAAAAGAUCUAAUGGUUGGCAGUGACUUGACAUCAUGAUACAGUUCUAGAUUCUGUCCCUUUGUUCCUCUGCUGAUUCAUUUGAUGAAGGUAUUGGAAGAGUAUGAUUGCCAUUUUGUUUCAGUUGGAUCAGAUCACACCAAACUGCUGAGCAUUUGGGGAAAAAAAAAUCCUUUUUCUGUAAUAUGUGUGACUUACAUAGCUGGGGCUGAUAUUGGACUGGGGGAUUUCCUGUUCAGAAAAUGAAAUAAGCCUUUAGCAGCCUUAACUACUUGAACUCCAGUAUUGUUCUUUUGAAGAACACACAAUACUAAUGCUGCAGCAUGCAUUUUGUGACAAGCAUGAGUUCACUGACCUUCCUGCUGGUUUCUAGCUUCUGUAAGAAGACCAUUGUGUUUGCCUAAUUCUCUACUUGAACUAUCUUUAUACGUUCAGAUUUAGUUAGCACUAUGGUACUUUUGGGCCUUAAUCUGUAAAUCUUUAUUUAUUUUUAAAUCCAGCCCCCAAGGGAUUCAUUUCUCCCUCUAGACUAUGUAAGUGCACUUUCUCUAAGUAGAAGUGGGAACAGUGUGUGAAGGUAAAUGCUGCUUUCCCUUUAAUAUCCUAAGGGUUUUUUUUUUUUAAGGUUGCAUUCAGUGGUGGUACCUGCAAGUUUGGACCAUGCAAAAUAUAUGUUGUUCUUCAUCUGGAAAGGAUAUGUAAGACUCCUUCAUCUGGGGGAACCACGUCAUUGAUUUUAAAUAGUCCAAUAUGUCCAAGAAUGCAUGCGCAUACUCCUUGUUGCAUGUAUAUAGGCAUGUUUUCUGUGUCUCUCUUCCAUGUGCACAUACAUACGCAGAGGCACAUGUAUUCUUUGCAUGAACACAAGUCUGCCUUUCCUCCAUUGGGCACCAGUUUGGAUGGGAUAUGAAUAGAACAGGGAGGAAGCUGCUGAGAAGGAUUGGUGAGAGGGCAUGCUUCUUAAUUUCUCAUGACUUUUCUUUUUGGUGCAGAGGGCUGCCUUUACUCAGUCUUACUAGCUCUAUUGCUUAUAAUCCCAGUGCUGAUUGAACAGUUUCCUAGUCAGGAGCAGAGGAUAGCCCAAUGAAGGUGGCUUAUAUGAGGGCUGGGUUUCAGGGAGAUCAUUGGGAAGAUGGAGACUUGAGGCUUCUCCAUCCUUUGUGGAAGUCACUCCGACUUUGAGGCUUAUGUUCUAAUGGUAAAUAUACUGGACUCAUGGCAAUUUGCCAGUGUUUGCUGCUUGUCUCUCUGAAUAUUCUUGCUCUGCAGGUGUGGCUAACGGGAUGUUUCCUCUAUGGAGCAAGCCGCAGCAGAGUACAGCAGAGAUACGUGACUGGAGUGUGGGUGAGUGGACAAACCUAAAUAAGUACAGGGUUAUGACAGGAAACAAAUGCAAAUGGGCAAAUGCAAAAGUGAGGCAGGAAGGGGUUUUUUUGUUUUUCUGUGUGCUGUUGAGUGAUUUUUGACACCAGUUAUACAUCGGACAACAUAUAUUCAAUUAAGCUGUUAGAUCUCAUUUUCUGGAAUGAAUUGUUCUCACACCGCUGGAACCCCUUAUAAUUUCUAUUAGAAGCAGAUAAAUACAUUCCUUUCCUAAUGCUGAUGAUUUAAAAGAAAUCAGCUGAAGUGAAAAGGAUCACAUUUUUGUAAAAUAUCAACUGGCUUCUCCUCCUGUGGCAUCUCCUGUCAGCAGCACAUGGGUACGUUAGGAACUCAUCUCUCUGAAUUGACUUACAUAAACUUCCCUCUCUAAUUUUAUGAUGAUAAAUAUGAAUCGACGGAAAUCAAAGGAGUCAAAGAGAGGAACAAAGAAGAAAUGGGAGCAAGUUGGAUAAAUGUACAAGAUUUUAAUUAGCGAUGGAAGUGGCAAUGGAGGACAAAUGAAAAACACAGGGCAAUCUUUUGGUAGAGAGUGUUCUGCGCAUGUCUCGUUGCAAUGAGCUAGAGUUGAAAAAAGUACAUCACACACCUUAAAAGCAAUUCUCCACUCUCCAUAUGACAUGAACAUGAGUGCGCUGGCACCUCUUGUAACAUUUGCCCUCAUUUAAUAGGGUGUGUGGCAGGAGAUUUUCUACUAGUAAGUGCGCUUAAAAGGUAUAGUUCUUAAUUAUAUAGAAUUUGUAUAAUAAGCAAUUGCUUACUAAUGAUAAAUUAUUGCCAUUAUUCUGAAAAAUAUCUUCUGAGAUAUAAAUAAAAUUGUUAUUGAAUGGAAGAACACAGCUUUGUAGAAUGGGAGGGCUGUAUGAAAAAUGUGCCAGGCUGCCAUAAAUAGUACAGCCUUAAAAGUUCCCAUCCUCCCCUUUUACAAGCCACACGGUGCUAUCUGAAAACAUACUGGCUGACAGUGCUUAGUGAGCCUUAAAGUUAGCCACCCUGCUGAAUGCCCAUUUGAUUCAGUUAAAACAGGCUUUCUCAAACUUUGGCGCUCUAGACAUUGCCAGUGGGCUUGAUAUUUCAACACAUCUAGAGAAUACUAGGUUGGGGAGAACUGUGUUAAAUCUUCGGAGGGUAUAAUGACCUUGUGCAACUAUUAACUCUACCUCAGACUAGAUACACAGCUGAAUUGUUCCACCAAUGCCAUCUUAAAAUGCAGAAUAGAGCCCCCCUGCAUAAUUUAAACUGAGGGAUUAAAUAGUAUUAAGGUGCAAACUGCAACCCCACAACUCUUGACUGCAGCAGUUUACAGAACCUGCACUGCUAAGUUUCUACCGAGUUUUUGAAUCACUUGAAUUUGAUACGGUGCUAUAUUACUAUAUAUGUAAUCAGGUGCAUGAAACAAAAGCCAGCUGUCGACACCCAGGCUGGUUUUAUUACUCGUAAAUGAGUGUUUAUUUCUGUUUUCUAACAGCCUGACAACAACAACAGUGGCAGAAAAUACUUUUUUUUUUUAAAGAACAUUUUCUAAACAGUUUCUCAGAAUAUUUCUUCUCCUACGGAAACUGCCAUCCCUUGGGGAUUAUUUGUUUCAAAGACCUAACUGGCUUGUUUUAUCAGAAAAACUAUGGUUAAUACCAGGAGAACUGAUUCUUGUUAUAUCAGCUGUCUCUCUUCUGUGAAGCUUUUAAGGGGCAGGUUGCACAACGAUUUGGGUGGGGAAACAUUCUGUUGAACUUCUGGCUUUAAGUCUUCAUUUCUAGCGUAAGUGGCUUGGAAGUGCUCCGGCCACAUUAAGUUUGUCUAGAUUGAUUAAGUGAUAUAUAAAUUAACUGUGAAGUAAUUUCUGUUCUUUGUUUUAAUUAACUGCUUACCACUGGUAAACGAAUGCAGUCAAAUGGUCUUGUUGCAUUAUCCUUAGCAACAAAAAGACAGACAGAAUGAGGCAGGCUGAUGGUCUCGCUUGGUAUAAUUUUCUUUUUAAGAUAGAGAAAUCAGAAUAUAUAAUAUUGAAUUUUAAAUAAGAUGGGGGGGUUGAAAAGUUAACUUUAUAAAAUUAUUUAUUCUAUUUUAAGCCUUCUCUCUUACUUUUUACCAUCUAAGUAUUUUUUAUUAUUAUUUUUACUUUUUUGGUUUCAAUGGUCCAGCUUUAUUUAUGGGCAUAUAAAAUGAAAUUGUGAGAUGUUUUUUACAAGCUUCUUCCUUCCUUUUGUGAGGGGCCAAAUUAGAUUUUGCACUAAACAAGUGUCUCCUACCAAAAAUGGCACCUGUCUGCCUGUUUCCCACCUAUUGUAAGGUCUGGUGUGAUUUACUGAUGACGUGGAAUCUUUAUGUUCUGUAAUUCUUUCCCGUUACUUAGAGGGGGAAAGCUCAGAACUCUGUAAUUUAAGUCCUGGGCAAUUUUAAUGAGACGUUUUAAAGUAGCAAACAGAAGCAUAGAGCAGUGAUUGGCAUUAUGGUAGCCACCUUUAGUGUAAUUUUAGUUUGGCCCCAUUUAUUCUUAUUUUUUUUUUAAUGGUAUGUUUUUGUAUGGAUAAAGAGAGCAUUACUUUAUGCUUUUUGUGCAAUAGGUUUGAAACAUGCUUCUGUUAGGCAUACUUUUUAAAUGGUAAAUAUAGCAUCGACUAACUGCAGUUUGGAGAAAGGUAAUGUAGGUAGUUUUAAGUUUACAUUCAAAUGGGAUCUUCUUCCUUCCCUUUUCUUGGGAUUUUUAAGAGUGAUAUAUGGGAGUUGUUUCUGUGUGCAAGAACUACCUGUCAGCAAUAUUUUAACAGUGACCUGGCAAGAACUCUUCAAUGUGAAACGUGGAAGCUUGCAGCCUAUCAGAAAUGUUUCUUGUGUGCCAUUGGUAUGUCUGGUAUUUCUCAUAAUGAUACUGUUGAACCUGGAAAUAUUUAUUUCUUUGUGGUUGUGCAAUGCUCUAGACACAAUCUCUUAUGUUCUGGGAGAAAUACAGUGAUUUUAAAUAUCAGACUUCAAACUAUGAGGGUGCUAUUUUUUUCUUCAAUUGGAUUUGAGUUUUUGGAAAGUUUAUCUGGCUCCUAUAUUUUUCAUAACAAUUUAAUUAAUCUUUGGGAAAUUCACUGUCUUAUUCUUUUCCAGUGGGUGGCAGAUCUAUUAACAUUGUUAUUUGCAACUAUUUGCAACUGAGCUGUAAAUGCAAUAGGAGAAAGCCAACCAGUUUGUACAUCUACACUAUGACUGUUUGAUAACUUUAUAUUUUAACCAGUACAUAAGAAAUGCAUUUACUGCAGACCAAACUGUAUUUUACAGAAAAAUCCUGUUUCUGUAUUUCCUCAGGUAAUUGCUCUGGUGUUAAACACUUCAUGUGAUACCUUAACUUAGCAUAUAUUUGUCUGUGUGCUUUGAGAUUUAAAAUAUAAGAUGGCAAGGCACACAGGCAGACCAUUGCAUGUCAGAAUUGCAAGUGGAUAUCUUCACCUUGUAGUCAAAAUGUGCACAGAAAACACAGCAUUUUUCUUCAGAGGUGUACUGUUGGCUUGGAAGCACUCUUUCCUAUCUAAGUGGAACUUACGUGGCAUAAACAUGCUCCAAGAAUUUGUAUCUAACCCUAAAUUCUCCGAGAACUUGCAUAUCUAACCCUAAAAUGGCAAGAGGGUAAUGUACAGUGGAGUAAGGGUAUGUGUGCUGGACAGUUUUCCCCAUCUGCCACUUGCCCUGCAACCCAGCAAGCAGACAUUCAUAUCCAUGGCUGAAGGGAGAAGAGAGUUUAGCAAGGAAGACUGGGAGAGGAAGCGCCAAGUGCUUUCUCUCUUGGCUGCCCACCAUCCGUUUAUUACAAAACACUCUCAACAUACUGCCCUGCAGUUCUUUGGUAGACAUCUGGAAUCCCUUACCUAGAUCUAUUGCUGAAUGAGCAGCUUUGGCCAAGGGCAUGUGUCUAAAAUUGUUCUUAUGUCCAUAAACACCCAACUAAACAAACAUGUUGGUAGGUCACCAUCUCCCUUACACGUUGUGUGAUCAGGCACAUGUUCUUGCAUGAGGAGUCAACAAGAUGUGCUGUGCAUACCCAUUGUUUAAUAGGGUCCUCCAAAAUAGCUUACUUAAAAAACUCUGAUCAGUACAGCAACCAGGCAAUUUAGGGUUAUAGGACAAUAAGCCAGUGCAACCAUUUAAUCCUUUAUCCUUACUAUGUGGCAUAAUAAAGUGACUGAAAAUUCUUGCCGUAUUGGGGAAAAAAAAAAUCAUAGUUUUGGCUUGGUUUCAAUUGGACGUUUACAUUUUUUUUAUGCUUUGUGUUGCUGUGUAACUUUUGUACUAUUGGUGGCUAGUUUUUGUCUGAAUAAGCCUUUCUGGGAAUUAUUGCUUGUUUUGAUUUUAUGAUAGUGAAGCUUGUAUUCAGUGUUCUGCCAAUUAAUAUUAUAUGCUUGUAAUAAAAGCAAA